UAGCCAGCGAAUCCCUAAUCCGUCUCCUCCCUGAUGGGAUUUCCUGCCCAUGGCUAGGAGCAUUUGAGGUUACUGCACCAGACUACUGUUCAUCAUGGCAACUAACUGUGGCUCAACAUGCCCUACCGAGAACGGAUUCUUCUCAAAUGAUCUUAGUAUCGGGGCCAGUGCAGUCUUCCUCGCUCUCUAUGCCUUCUUGACACCCGUCACUUUUUACCAAGGGUACCGGUUCCGCACUCCAGGCUUCUCUGCCUUGCUGGCAACUGGACUCUCCUUUGAAGUCUUGGGGUUUCUAGGGAGAAUACUUCUGCACCACACUCGAGAUCACCAAGGCUACUUUGCCCUCACUCUAUUAGGGAGUGUUCUUGGAGCAACAUUUAUAUGCAGUGCCAUGUCGAUUGUACUGCCUCAUAUACUUGCCCUCUUCGGAGACCGGCACGCACCAUGUCAAUCUUUCUUUACAGCUUUCCUCUUGAGUGCUCUGCUCAUAGUGAGCCUCAUACUCAACAUAAUCGGCAUUGUUUUUGUUGUUUAUGGGUAUGGGGGAGUAAGCCGUGAUCGAAGUGCCGACAUCAUUGCUGGAGGGCUGGGUGCUCAAAUUUUCUUAUUACUAGUCAUCUCCGCAGUGUAUACUUGCUUUAUCAUUGGUCUGAGACCCGAGGACGAAGUUCCGAACCCAGCACACUCAGAAAUCUAUUAUUCUAGCCGCUUCUCCAAGUUCCUCCGUUGCAUGGAGAUGUCAACCUUUCUCCUUCUCGGGCACACGAUAUAUCGGAUCUUCGAAAUGAUUGGAGGCAUAGAAGGCACUCUAUUCCAGAGCGAGCCUGCUUUCAUGAUCAUGGACGCGCUUGUUCCAUUCCUCGCCUGUCUCCUCUUAACGGUGGCCCAUCCAGGUGCUGCGUUUGGAUCAUCUUGGGCUUCAACCUCCUCUCGGAAACACAAGCGUCGCGGACCUUCUCUGCCACCACUGCAAACCUCGUUUGGCCACGCCGUCCAUCACCGCUACGAUCCUAAUAUCCGCCAACAAUUUUCUCCUUCUACUCAACGGCCACUUCGAGAGGUUAAGCCCCCGCCUACGUACGGUUCUUACGGUUUACCAUCAUCUCCACGGCCGUUGAAUAAGCCACUGAGCCCGAUAAUCUUGUCACCAAUAUCGGCCCGAACGGUGAACCCGGAGAGACUAAGUGAACGAUUGGAGAGGUGGGUAGUGCCGCCAGAGUUGGUAGACAGUGAAGAGCUAUGGUAGCCGGGCGAAGGGCGUAUGUGGAGGAAUUGGAUCCAACGGCAUCUGACAGCGUCUGCAGAGAUAUUGCUCCACUGUCACUGCUUCUGUGAAUACGAGGGAAACUAUGCUCCCCUCAUGU